GUCAAUGUUGGGUGCGUACCAAAAAAGGUGAUGUGGAAUGCGGCAGUCCACGCAGAGUUCAUUCAUGAUCAUGCCGACUACGGCUUCGAGACGCCCAGCGUCAAGUUCAGCUGGAGAACGAUUAAAGAGAAGCGUGAUGCUUAUGUGAGGCGCCUGAACGAGAUCUAUGAGAAUAACCUAAAGAAGGCUCACAUCGACAUCAUUCGGGGCUAUGGCAAGUUCACCGCUGAUCCUGAGCCUACCAUCGAAGUGGAUGGGAAAAAGUACACAGCUCCUCACAUCCUUAUAGCCACGGGUGGGCGGCCGUCUGUCCCUCCCGACAGCGAAAUUCCCGGUGCCAGCCUGGGGAUGACCAGUGAUGGCUUCUUUGACCUGGAGGAGCUGCCCAGGCGCAGCGUUAUUGUUGGUGCCGGCUACAUUGCAGUGGAAAUCGCGGGGAUCCUUUCCACGCUGGGCUCCAAGUCAUCCCUGCUGAUCCGCCAUGACAAGGUCCUGAGGACCUUCGACUCCAUGAUCAGCUCAAACUGCACCCAGGAGCUGGAGAACACCGGUGUGGACGUCUGGAAGCACACGCGGGUCAAGACAGUCACCAAGUCCCCUCAGGGGCUGCUGGAUGUGGCAGUGCCCUCCUCAGUGCCCGGCCGCAAGCCGACGGAGGGAGUGAUCCAGGAUGUGGACUGCCUGCUGUGGGCCGUGGGGCGGGACCCCAACACGGAGGAGCUGUGCCUGGACCAAGUGGGUGUGCAGAUGGAUGCCAAGGGGCACGUAGUGGUGGACGAGUACCAGAACACCACCAGGAGAGGGGUCUAUGCCGUUGGGGACGUCUGUGGGAGAGCCCUCCUCACCCCAGUGGCCAUCGCGGCCGGCAGAAAGCUGGCCCACAGGCUCUUCGAGGGCAAGCAGGACUCUCGGCUGGACUACCAUGACAUCCCCACCGUCGUCUUCAGCCACCCACCUGUUGGCACCGUGGGCCUCACCGAAGAUGAAGCCGUGGCCACGCAUGGGAGGGAGAACGUGAAGAUCUACAGCACAUCCUUCACCCCCUUGUACCACGCCAUCACCCAGAGGAAGGUUAAGUGCGUCAUGAAGCUGGUUUGUGCUGGCAAGGAGGAGAAGGUGGUGGGAUUGCACAUGCAAGGGCUGGGCUGUGACGAAAUGCUGCAGGGCUUUGCCGUGGCCAUCAAAAUGGGGGCCACCAAGGCUGAUCUGGACAACACCGUCGCCAUUCACCCCACUUCUGCUGAAGAGCUGGUGACGCUGCGGUGA